CAGUUGUUGUUUGAUCCAAAAUGGCUUCCUUUUGGCAUCGCUGUUGUUGUGAGGUGUUUUAAAUACUGUUUGGUAUUCCGCAUGAUUUAUUUUAUGAUCACUCUGACUGAUUUUUUUCAGGUCUUCUAUAAUAACACAUCAAAACCUCGGUACUCGCUAACGUUAAUUAUGAUCUGUGGUGUCCAUAAUUAACUGGGCUUGUAACGUUAAUACGGACUUGUUCAACUGUAUGUUGAAUAAGACAGUGUGUUCUGAUUGGAGUCUGACUUGCUAGCUAACGUACGUAGCCAUCUAACAAUGGACAGAUUUGUAAUCAGACAGCCAAAAACGGAGAUCAAAAAGGGAACAAAGGCCCCAGAGAAAGUGUACAGGCAAGCCACGAUCGAGUCUCUACGAAGAGUGGUUGUGAUAGAGGACAUUGAGCGCUUUAAGUGCAUGCUGGAGCUGCCGGGACAGACGAGGGAGAAUAUGCUGUUGGCUCUGACAGAACUCAACAAGAAAGUGCCGUCUAUGGAAGUACUCAGGUCCACUAAAAUUGGUCACACAGUGAACAAGACACGCAAACACCCAGACCCUGAGGUGAGUGCGCUGGCAAAGGAAGUAUACAGCCUGUGGAAGACCUUCAUUGAGGAGAAUGCAAACAAGCCCUCCAUAGAAGUGCGCUGUGACGCUCAGACAGAGGGGCUGAGGAAGAAGGCCAGAAAGCUGCUGGCAGAAGCCAUGGGACUAGAGGAGGAUCACACUCUUGUUGAGAACAUUGAGCGAGAGACGUUCCACCAAAGCUCUCGCCUCAUCAGUGGUGCUUACCGGAGGACUGUGAGGGCGCUGGUCUUUGCCUUGAAGCACAAGCCGGAAAUCCGAGCACAAGUCAAGGACGGCAAGCUGUCUGUGGACCAACUGGUUGCCAACCACAAAAAAUAGCCAUUGUGGCAAAGCCUCGUGGGGAAAAAAAGGGGCACCUGGAUGCCUGGGGAUUCUGCUGAAGCCAGGCCUUGGAUGACUCAUGAGCG